CUCCUCGUGGCAUUGACGUUCACCGCACGGUGUGCUCAACGUCAUACCGGCACCGCCCUCCUCUCUCAGAUACUGCCCUUUGCCACUUCACUCGGAGGCUUCGUUUGCCUCCUUGCCCCGGCCUUGUUUACGCGGUUGAGAGUCCCAGCUAUCAGGAGUCGGCCACUAUUUCGACAUCCACCAUCAUCAAAAUGGCAGCGCUGGGCGAAGACCUGCUCGGCAUAGUGAACAAGUUGCAAGACUUGGUCUUCAACACCAUCGGAAACGACUCCUUGGACUUGCCGCAAAUUGUCGUUGUCGGAUCGCAGUCGUCCGGAAAGUCUUCAGUGCUUGAGAACAUCGUUGGCAGAGACUUUCUACCUCGUGGAAGCGGCAUCGUUACGCGGCGGCCACUCAUCCUUCAACUCAUCAACGUACCCAGCGAGCGCGAUGACAAGCCAGAGGAGGAUGAAGUCCACAUACCCCAUACUCCAGCCAGCGUUGCGGGCCAGCAAGAAUGGGCAGAAUUCCAUCACGUAUCCGGCCGCCGAUUCUACGACUUUUCCGAGGUCAAGCGGGAGAUCGAAAACGAGACAGCGCGAAUAGCAGGGAACAACAAGGGCAUCAACCGACAACCCAUAAACCUAAAAAUCUACUCUCCUCACGUCCUCAGUUUGACGCUGGUGGAUCUGCCUGGUCUGACAAAAGUCCCCAUCGGCGAUCAGCCAUCAGACAUCGAGAAACAGACCCGAAACCUCAUCUCCGAGUAUAUCGCUAAACCCAACAGUAUAAUUUUGGCAGUGUCACCUGCGAAUGUCGACAUCGUCAACUCGGAAGCACUCAAGCUCGCCCGGCAUGUGGAUCCCAUGGGCAGGAGAACGAUCGGCGUCCUUACGAAAAUUGAUCUCAUGGACCACGGAACAAACGCACUGGACAUUCUGUCAGGACGCGUAUACCCGUUGAAGCUGGGUUUCAUUGGAGUAGUGAACCGGUCUCAGCAGGACAUCCAGGGCAACAAAUCAUUGGCAGAGGCUUUAGGAGCAGAACGUGACUUUUUCAGGCAUCACCCCGCGUACAGGAACAUGGCCAAUCGAUGCGGAACACAAUUCCUAGCGAAGAGUCUUAAUACUACUCUCAUGACCCACAUUCGGGAUCGACUACCGGAUAUCAAGGCUCGCUUGAACACUUUGAUGGGCCAAACGCAACAAGAAUUGGCCAGCUACGGAGAUGUUGCGUUUACCGGAAAGGAACAUCGUGGCUCCCUUAUCCUUCAGCUCAUGACCCGCUUCGCAUCCUCCUUCAUCUCCUCAAUCGACGGGACAUCAGCAGAAAUCUCGACAAAGGAAUUAUGUGGGGGUGCGAGGAUAUACUAUAUUUUCAACUCAGUGUUUGGCAACUCUUUGGAAACUAUUGAUCCUACAACAAACCUCUCCGUACUCGAUAUCCGGACAGCAAUUCGGAACUCAACCGGACCUAGGCCAAGCUUGUUUGUGCCUGAGCUGGCCUUUGACCUGCUUGUGAAACCACAGAUCAAACUUUUAGAGAUCCCGAGUCAGCGAUGUGUGGAGCUUGUAUACGAAGAACUAAUCAAGAUCUGCCACACUUGCGGAUCUACCGAACUUAGCCGAUACCCUAGACUCCAAGGAAAGCUGAUUGAAGUUGUAUCCGACCUUCUUCGCGAGCAACUCGGGCCAUCAGCGUCGUAUGUUGCGUCUCUCAUUGAUAUCCAGCGCGCAUAUAUCAACACGAACCACCCCAACUUCCUAGGAGCCGCCGCUGCCAUGUCGUCCGUGAUCAACGACAAGCAGGAGCGUGAAAAGCAAAUAGCAGCAGCCGAGGAAAGGAAGAGGCGAGAAAUGAGACGGAUGAAGGAACUGAACGGCGUAAAUGGCAUCGAUGGCCCACAAGAGGAAGAUGGGGAAGAGGGUGUUGCAGAGAAGAAAGCCGGAAUUCCUAUUCGCGGUCACAACCCCAAAGCCAGCAGGAGUAUGUCUCCAGCAGUUGGCCGUCUUGUGAACGGGUCUUACGGUAUUGCAGGUCAACUCAACGGAGCUCAUUCACGCUCUCCGACAUUCGGUCAGCAGCAGGGAGGUACUAAAGACAGCUUCUUGAACUACUUCUUCGGUAAAGAGGGUCAGAUGCCAUCAAGCGCACCACCGCAAAUGUCGUCUUCCGAUCGUCCGGUGAGCCGAUCUGUUAGCUCCAACGUCGAACCAAGCAUCUCGGCGAGUUUCCGUAGAGGUGAUACUCGUGCACCGGAUAAGCAUAUCCUAGAGAUGGUGCCAGAUCAGUACGACUUAUCAUCACGAGAUUAUGACAAUCCUUUCCCUCAAGAAGACGCACCACCUGCCCUCACCGAGCGGGAGGCCCUCGAAACCGAACUCAUCCGCCGCCUCAUCUCAUCCUAUUUCAACAUCGUCCGCGAGACUAUCGCCGACCAAGUCCCGAAAGCCGUCAUGCACCUCCUCGUCAACCACUCCAAAGAUGUCGUCCAGAACCGCCUCGUCAGCGAGCUUUACAAGGAAGACCUCUUCCAAGAACUUCUCUACGAGGACGACACCAUCAAAGCGGAGCGCGAGAAGUGCGAGAAGCUCCUCAAAACGUACAAAGAGGCCGCAAAGAUUGUCGGCGAGGUGCUAUAGGUGGAGCGCUCAUCUGGAAAGGAAAGGAUGUGUAUUUUCACUGUAGGAUCAUAUUGUGCAUAGUCAUCAUCAUUCCACUUGGGUCCUCCUGCUGGCGUUGGAGGCGGUCGCUAUGGCUGCUGCGACUUCUGUCACCGGCUUUUUUCUGCUCUUCUGGCCCGCCCUGGAGAUGGGGUAGGAGGGUCAGGGCGUUAAUUCGCGG